AGGACUACACGAGCACACUGAACCUCUGGCUGUGCUACUAUAUGGUGCGAUCCACCCGAAUGAAGCUCGAGGGACACCGUUUGGGAACCCCCGCCCUAACGUGUACGUGCACGGGUCUACAACCUCAAUGACGGGCCUGCGAAGAAAACGGAGUUGUCGCGAACCCAUCCUGCCAUUUCAGCUGACCGCCACCAGGGGGAGUGAGAAGGAUGGCUACUGCUCGGGCUUCUCUGUCUCCUGCAGGCCCUUUAAGAAGCAAACCAGGAAGCGAGAGACAGAGAAAGGUUCUCGCCGCCUUCGCCUCUUGCAUGGUCCCAGAGAGGGGAAGUUUCGGUUUGCAAGCCUUGCGGUGCAUGGGGUGGCCGGCGGGAUGGCCGGGGCCGGCUGGGCACCCCCGCAGCUGGAAGAUUUCAUCCUGACCGAGAGGCUGGGCAGUGGCACUUACGCCACUGUCUUCAAAGCCUACAGGAAGAAGAACGUCCGGGAGGUGGUUGCCAUCAAGUGCGUGAGCAAGAAGACCCUGAACAAGGCGUCCGUGGAAAACCUGUUGACGGAAAUUAAGAUCCUCAAGACCAUCCACCACCCUCACAUUGUGGAGCUGAAAUACUUCCAGUGGGACAAGGACUACAUCUACCUGAUCAUGGAAUUUUGCGCUGGGGGCGACCUCUCUCGCUUCAUCCAUGCACGGAGGAUACUUCCAGAGAAGGUGGCUCGCAUUUUCCUGCAGCAACUGGGUGAGGAGUAG